UUACUGCAACUAAAAGGAUUAACGUAUUUGCUGCGAAAUUCUUCUCCAUCCUAAUCCUCAUACGACCGCGCUUAUUGGCAUUGAAAGUUCGGAACAACAUUGGUGACUCUAAGAUACAUACGAACUGUGCAUGGGGCGCUGACUCUUUGCUAAAUCCUCCUUUCAACUCUCCACAGGAUAUCAGUAAAUAGACCGGUCGCAGAAAUGCAAGCACCUCAACGACCUGUUCAAAGACGAUCUCCGGCAUCAGAUUCACCUGGACCACCACCUACAAUAUCUGCUAGGUCUAUAUCUCCAAGUUUGGGUCCUCAGCCGAGGAAUUCAACUGCUUCAACCAGAUCUGUUCAAAGCAAUCAUUCGGGAAGAAGACAAAAUGUGAGUGAUGCGAUCCGCUUGGAAUAUCUUAUCCACAAUUGCGACAAUGAUUUCUCAAAUAGAAUCCUGUGCUAAUAUCGUUUUCUGGUAGGGUGGUCAACCUCCGACAAGCAGUGGUAGUCAAAGUGGUCAACAUGCCCCACCAUUAUCUCAGAUCGAAAGGAGUGUAACACAUCUUCUGGUCGCCACAAAGCAACUCCUGGAAACCCUUACACAAUGGUCUCGGCAUCAAGCAACCGAUGCACAAGUUUCAGAUGUUUAUGUGCGCUUGGGAUAUGAGUUCAAUAUUGCUUGUAGGGCAUUUACUGCAAUCAAUGUUGAUACUUCGGAUUUAGGAAAUGUACCGGAGUUACUUCGACAUAUAUUGGAAUCAACACUCAGCCAAGAAGCCAGCGUCGAGAGCUUGGAAAGAUACUUGCCUCGAAUCAGAGAUAUAAUCAUCACCCUUCUUCACGGGUUAAAGCGAAAGCAGCAGAAAUUGCGGCAAAACAAGGAGAGAUAGCGGAACACAAAAUGGAGAUACCAUACCUAGGAAUGGAAGCUUCAGUAGCAUUGCCAGUAACAGUACUGGAUUGACCACACUGCUCAAUCAAGGGUUGGAAGAUAAUUUUCAAGGAGACCCAGGUUCGACAAAUGACCGAGGAAGCAAAGGACAGUCCACGGCUGACUCCACCAUACCUCCACGAAUGUCAUCAGCCUCAGGAUCAUCAAGUAGAAGAGCUGCUCCUCCACCAAGAGACUCAUCUCGAGGCUCAGUAUCUUCAGAUCAAUCUACACUGUCAAGCACGACUAUGCAGAGCAUUCCUGUUGUGCCACCUUAUCCUGGAGAUGAAGUCACUGUGCCAAUGCCACGUCCAAAUGAUACUGAUCAUUUGACUGUCGACAAUUUUCCACCACCACCUCCGCCACCGAAGACAAAUGCUGCGUUGGUAGCUCUACAAAGAGGUGGGGAUUUGGAAAGAAGAGCCUCGAGGCGUUAUUCCGCUUACCAAAUCUCAAAACUUGUUGGUGCAUCUCCAAAUGGAGUUCCAAUGCUUCCCGUUCCACAGAAUUCGCCAAUACCAAACAGAGGGCGCAAUGAUGCUCGAGAAUCUUUGAGAGCUGUUCAAAAUCGUGAUCACCGUCUUGGUCGAACAAAUUCCCGAUUAAUUCAAAAUGACGCAUCUCCAGUUCGAAAGCCAAGUGUGAUCGCAGAGGAGAGCCAAGAGACCUCAUUUCAGCAGCCAGACGAACCACCUUCAAGUGGCAGCCCAACACCAAAGAUAUCAGAAGAGAAGUCAAAAAAACCUUUUAUUGAUUAUGAUGGACCAAGUUCAAGUCUCAAUGGGCCAACUUCUGAUGUGCUUCCAAACUUUGAUGAUCAAGAUCAAGAUCAAGAUAAGGCUGCAACUGAACCUCCCCAAGCUCCCGUACACAAGAGAUCUGCCAGCAAAAGAGAAAGUCCCAGUUACGGUAGUCAAGCAAGACAGUAUACACCUGAAGGAUCACCACCUCCACCGGAUAAGGAAAUUACAAUUUUCCUACAAUACAAAACCAAGGUCAAGAAGUUUGUCCUUGCUGACGGGUACAAGGAUUUAUCCAUGGCAAGAUUACAGCUGGCUUUCAUUGAGAAGUUCGCCUGGAAUACUCAUAAUAAUGGGGUUGAUCUACCUGAGAUAUAUAUACAGGAUCCAGUAUCUGGUGUUCGUCAUGAACUGGAAGAUCUUCAUGAUAUCAAAGAUCGUUCUGUACUUGUAUUAAAUGUGGAGGUACUAGAUGAGGUCAAGCGACACAUUGAUGAUAGUUUAGGAGGAUUGAAGAAAAUGGUUGAGAGUGUCAAAACAGCAGUUGAUGAUCAGCAAGUUACCAUCCAGAGAGUCUCAGAUCGUCAACAAGAUGCUGCAAAAGAAAUGGCUCGAAUUGCUUCUGCACCACCUGUCUCUUCAAGAGUUUCAAUGAUCGAUACUGUACGACUCACCAAUGGCAAUAACUUUAGCCCCUCAAAAGCCAAUGGUCAAGCGCAACUUACUGAAAUUCAGAGCCUUCGUCGUGAUCUUGCGGUAGUCCGACAAACAUAUUCUAGCUUCCAAUCUGACAUUCAAAGUUCCAUGGCUCUGAUUCGCUCGAAGGCUAGCUCUAUCAAAAGCGUUGCUGUUAAAGCUGCUAUUCCAGAUAUCAAUGGUGAUUCUGGACGUUCUUAUGUCAAUGGUGGAAAGAAGAACCUCAGCGAAGAUUCCGAUAAAUUGGUUGCGCAAGUUGAUGAUCUUCAAGAUAUUGUUGAAGAUUUAAGAAAGGAUGUUGUACAACGUGGUGUACGACCUCUUCCUAAGCAAUUGGAGACUGUUGCCAAGGAUAUCUCACAGGCUACGAUGGAACUCAAGAGGAUGCAAGAUUUCUUGAAACGUGAGAGACCGAUUUGGACAAAGAUUUGGGAGAAGGAAUUAGAGACAGUCUGUAAUGAUCGUGAAGAGAUUACUAUGCAAGAAGAUCUUGCAGCAGAUCUUCAAGAUGAUCUGGAGAAGGCAGCACAAACCUUUGCACUUGUGGAACAAGCUACCAAGGAACAAUUGAAGGAUGGAUCUCCAAGUCAAGUUGGUACUGGUCGAAGUCUUUCUAAGCUUAACCGUAUUGAUCCAAUUGAUCCUGCUAUGGCAAAAGAAGGUGUUCUUGACGAAGUUCGUGCCUUACAACCAAACCACGAGAAUCGCCUUGAAGCUAUCGAGCGUGCAGAAAAGCUUCGUCAAAAGGAACUUGAAGGUCGUAGAGGCAACGUGCUUCAAAAGGAGUUGACCCAAUUCGUUGAAGAAGGAAAAUUGAAGAAAUCUGGAGGCUUUGAGGAAGUCGAAAGACAAAGAAUUGCAAAAGACGCGCGGAUUAGAAGAGAGGUUUGGGAGCGUCAGAAUGGGAUGACACAAGCUGAUGCAGAUCUUGAGGGUGUUGAUGAUCCUGCAGUUGAAGAAGUGGCAGAGGCAGAUGAAAUGAUUGAAGAGGUCUCAGAAGCUGAUCCUGCUAUGGAGCUAUGAUAAACUACGAUACCACGAUGGCGAACGGAAAUUGCAUUUUCAACCCAUUAUUACAAUAUUUGAGAUUUUUUCAGUAUCAUGCCUUGAAGGGGCAAUGCAGGGAAUGGGAUGUUGGACUCCAGUUCUAACUUUUACAUGAUUUUGUCAUGUUUAUUUUUCAUGGAAGGCGCAAAUAGUGUUUGUUUAUAUUCAAGCAAGGCGUUAAUAGGAAUUGGGCAUUUUUCUUUGGACCGGUUGCAUAGUUGUUGACAUGAGCGUUUCUUAUAGUGUUUUCACCACGGCUUUUCUUGUUUCUCGUGUGGCAAAUGAAAGCGAGCUAUGUCAGUAUAAGGAAGAUUCCACGGUGUGUUAUUCUAUGGGCGUUUUGAACUUGGUGUUUUGAAGAGGGGUGAUUGAGAAGAGUAGUUGAUGUAUUGGCAUGGCAAUGAUUGAGGAGGGAAAGUGGAGAUUGGCAUUGGAAAGGGAAAAAUGGAAAACACAUUAUAGCGAUAUAGAUGAAGAUGAAGAUGCAGGUUUUAUAUCAAGUGGUUGUGCCAAGGCAAUACAAGGCAGAUAAGAUAGUAGGUGUAUUGUAGUUGUAGAACAAAGUUACAAAUUAGAGAUGAGAUGAGAAGAAAUUAAAACAUAUAAAAC